AUGUCGCACCGACUCAACGAACCACGCGCACGAUAUUCAAUGAUCGCCACGGAUGAAACACCGCGGGAUUUGAACUCCGGAACCUUUUCAGCUUCGCAUCGAUCCGAUGGCUCAUCUCGGCGAGCCGCUCCCCCGAUGAACAAUGGCCGAGCCAGCGGGGAGCUGGAGGGUAGCACGCUCGGAAGCAGUUCUCGCGAGGGAGACCGGAAGACUUCUUCUAGUCAUCGUCAGACACAAAGCUCGAGUGGCUUUCUGGUUGAUUCCUUGCCUCCUUCAAAGAGCUCGAGGACAGGCUCGUAUCGUGCCCGGCCACCAGAACCGCCUACAGAGAAGCGCGCUGCUCCCGAACCCGAGAUCGUCGUUCCCAAGAAACGCUUGCGAUUUCCAUGGAAGAAGCACAAAAAUUCUGUGCCCGAGUCCUCUUCGGCGGCUCAGUCGUCGACCCCGGUGACUGACCAGACUCCUACACCUCCGCCUGAUACCCAGCCCUCCAGAAGCUCGACGCAGCCCGAAGUGAAGGAUAAUCUAGGCCAGUCUGCCCCUGGUUUCGAUAGGGAUUCCCUCCAGAUCGUGAAUCUGGCUCUAAAUCUCAAUGAGUCUCGGAGGAGAACCGCUUCUGGGCUACCGCCAGGCCAGCCCGGACGAAGACCGUUGUCUAUUUCUCAACCUGCCGCCCCCACAGAUAUCUAUGGGGCAUCACCAGGGCCCAGUCAAUCACCGCGUGAUUUUGCACAUCCCCAACAAGGUCGGCCAUCUGGUGAUGGAUUUGCGCGGGCGACACAACCCGGCGGACCAGGCCAGCCCCCCGUGGUAGAUUUGUUGCCUCCUUCAGUGGUUGAUGACCAUCGAGAAUAUGAAUUCUCUGAUAGCACUUUUGCUCGCGCAGACAAAGCCCGGCGUCACUUUGACCUUUUUCAUGAAUAUCUGCGGUUGCUCCCUUCGCUGCCACCGCUGCGAAAUCCUCCCGUGGACGGUGACCUCGAUUCUCAGAGUCCUGCCAAUGCUCCUUUACCAGCAAACCGGGGCUAUAACCCACUCCAAAUGAUUCGCAACAGACGGGUUAGGUAUCGCGAAAAAUGCACCAUUGAUGCACAGGCAGACGGCUGGCAUGAUGUCGACAGAGUUCACCAGUGGAUCAACGCCGUCGAGAAGAAAUACAGUCACAGAGUUCACGAUCAAAAGGACUCGCUUCAGCUGCCUCCUUUCCAGCUCGGUCAGAGACAUGUGUCUCGUGAUGAUCCCGACGAUGUGGACAUGAUAGGUGCCUCCCCUCCUUCGAGCUUGAGACGCGCUAGCCGUACUAGUAGCGUAAAAGCCCCCCGGCCACGACUUGAUUGGAUUAUUUCUCCUGUCGAGAUGCUUGCAGAUGCUGCAUGGGUUGAGGAUGGCACCAACAAGGCCAAGAUCGUCGACAGGGAAGGCCACAAAAUCUAUCCAGACCCUACGCAGCUGGCCCUCGUGGACACAAAUACACCUGUGCCCCAAAAACAGCGCCCUUCCGUUGAAAUCGUCUAUCCCGCAUCAGAAGAACAUUCUUCCCGUCCAACUUCCAUGUCCAGCUCCCACCCUGCCUUGGGCCCCGAAUUUAGGAGAAUAGGCCGUGGACGAGACAAAUCUCAUUCGCGAAAUCACUCGCACACUUUGGAGAGCGGCAGCAUUUCUAGUUCGCGGAAGCGCUCACGAUUAGGCAACCUCAGAGUGCGUGCGAGUAGCGUGUCGAGCGAUUCUAGUGCACAGCUUCAUAGUUCUAUGGACAGAAACCGCCAGACCUCGUGGGAUCAUUUUCGGAAAGAUACUGGAAGACAUCCAAGGGACGAGCAACCGAACGCCUUGGAAUCUCGGACACCCUACGACAAAUCUCCUGCGGCCGUCCCCAAUGCAAGAGCAGACCGAACCGCGGCAUCGCAACUGUCUGAGCUUCCGCCAAUCACUACUCAAUGGAAACAAAUGUCGAGAAGGGCAUCACUCUCGUCAAAUGGCAGCGUGGAUGACCGAUUCAAUCCCCGAAUGUCCAUGGAAGGAAUGGACAGUACUGCUCCUAACUCUCCCGCCCAUGCCGCCGGCUAUUUCCCCAGCAUUGCCGUCAAUCUAUCUCCACCUUCUAGCCGGUCUCCUUCUCCAGCAAAGAAGGGGCUUCGUCAUAAGAUAGCCUCGCGCCAUGAACGCAGCAAGAGCAAGCAACGCAUUCUUGAAGCCCAGGAACAUGAAGACGAUGUCUUGGAUUCGGAGGCAAUGCGCCAACAAAACUUGGCGCCUUCCUCUGAGGGUACCUCGAAGCUCGAGCCAAGUCCGCUUCCGGAUGUUGUUUCUUCGUCUUACGCGGAUGAUCAAAUUCCAUCUGAAGCACAUCGGAUGGAUGAUUAUCGAGUCCGCAGGGGUCCUCAUGGUCAUGAAUCUAAGCUAAAGGGCAUCUUCAAGGGGCCUGGUCGGAUAACUAAACUAGUCGGCAACGAGGUUUCCAAGGUUGGAGAUUUCAUUCUCAAAAAAGAGCCCAUGCCUUCUUCACGCAAGUCUUCGUCCGCAACAACAUCUUCCUCGGACGAUAGCGAUUCGGAUGACGAUGAAGAAACAAGGACCGACAAACGAGCUGGCUCCAAGGGCCUUCUACGACGUCUACCACCAUUUGCGGAUGAGCCUGCUCGCUUGACGCACAGGGAUUCUGACAAGGGCAUGUCUUCAAGAAGCUUUCUUCCGUCUCUGCCAGCCUUCACGUCGCCCUUGCGACAAGAUGAUCGGGGCGGGACUACUGAUGCAUCUGAAUUCGGAAGUCCCUACGGACGUGGGCCUGCCUUACGGAGACACGACGAUCGUGAGAUUUCCAGGCAAACUCUGCCACGCAGCAAAACCCUGGAUUUUGGCCCAGCCUUGCCCUCCAGUCGUGAUCGCCUGAAGCCGCAUCAGAUCAAGGAUCCGUCCGUUCCCUUUAGUCUCACUCGACCCCCUGUCACCGGUCUUGCCAAAGCCCGGGCAUCUCGAGGCCCAUCCCCGGAUAAUCGUUCCAUACUUUCGGGCGCCAGUCGCGCUUGGAGCAUCUCCGAUCGCAGUCUCAAAACACCGAAGGAUUCCGGCGUCCCUGGCAAGACCGAAGUUGAACGCACGCGAGCUCUCUUUUUAUCAUCAGGUAUCAAAGCACGAGAAAUUACCCGCCGAGCUCAUAGUUCACGCGACCCGGUUCCUCAUUGGUUGCAAAGUGCUUUGGGUCCGAGUGCAUCUGUUCCACGGGUGGCUCGGAGUGAGGAAUUUCAUGUUGCUGCUCAGAGUCUUCUCCGGCGAUUUGAGAUCACUCAGUACUCGUUCCAGAAUUCGAUGCAUAAUUUCUCCACUGGAACAUCAUCCCCUUUGCGCUCGCAGCUCAAGGACCUGGAAACUUUGGUCAAUCAGACUCUUACACCCCGAGUCCGGGCCACCGCAAAUGAAGCCGAGGACCUGUGUGUCGAGCUCAACACCACCAGUACGCUGGCUGUGAAGCAACUCAGCGAUGCUCUGGACAAGGGAGUGCGGAAACGUCGACGCCGGCUGCGUUGGGUGAGGCGUGCAGGGUUCAGUAUGCUUGAAUGGGCCCUCGUUGGUGCACUGUGGUGGGUGUGGUUGAUCGUCAUGGUCUUCAAACUCGUCCGUGGUAUCUUCCGGGGUGCUGUUUCUAGCGUGCGAUGGAUACUUUGGCUCUAG